GAGACUGUCAUGCAGGUCGGCCCGAGGCUAGACUCGAAGUCGAAGGGGCCGAUCGAGGCUGCGGGCGGCGGGGCGCGGCAGCUCGUCCGCAUCUUGGCGCGCACCGUCAACGCGCGCUACAAGGUCGAGCUGAAGCCCGGCGACCCUAUCUGCACCUGGCUGGCGAGACACGCCGGCUGGGCCCUCGCGAGAUUUACCGUGAGAGAGGACGGCUCGACCCCGUGCCGACGGAUCAUGGGAAGGGGCCACCGCGGCCAGAUCGUUGAGUUCGCGGAGACCGCGAUGCACAAGUUGCCCGCCGGAUCGGCAGGCAAGAUGGAGGCCAGGUGGGACAAGGGCAUCUGGCCAGGCAAGGCUAACGUCAGCGACGAGCACAUGAUCGGCACGCCCAGAGGCAGCAUCUUCUCUCGCUCUAUCGCGAGGAGGCCAGACGAGAAGAGAUGGAACAAGCACCUCUUCGGCCAGAUCGCGCGCGCCCCAUCCGGCCCGAAGGCGACCCUCCUGGCGGCAGAGCCCGUCCUGGGGCCGAGGAACCUGACCAAGGCGAUCCUCGCCCGACUGGGCAGGGCGCCUGGCUGCCCUGCUUGCGACGAGACAGGGCAGUGCAACGCGGCCGAGUGCGGAGCGGGCGCUGCUGGACGCGGAGGGCAGCCAGCUCAGGGCGGCGGGGCAGGCGCUGCCGCGCGCGAGGCUGAGGGGGAGAACGCCGAGACGAUGGGCCCGGCGCCCAUCGAGAUCGCUGCGAGGUCGAAGAGACAAGUAUUCGGGAAGAAGGAGGUCCCUGAGAGCAAGAAGGCACGCACUGUCAGAAGUUUCUUCGCGCGCGUCGCACCGCCCACGAUCUGCGCGGUGGAUUUGACCAAGUGCGCAGCCGAGCCCGUCAACGAGACGGACUUGACGAACAUCGAUGGGGCGCUGUCUGGGCAGCUACUGCCAGCAGACAAGGCGAUGGAAGGGCGCGCUCGAGAGCGCGCGAAGAUGAAGGAGCGCACCGUGUUCAAGAGGGCCUUCUCCCACGGAGCCACAGGAAAUCGCGCGCGAGGCAAGUGGCUCCAGGGCUGGAAGAGAGGGGCGGGCAGCAAGAUGCGCAGGUCCGUGGCCACGCAGGUGGCGCGCCAAGUGCGCGACGACGCGUUUGCAGGCACGCCGCCCCUGAAGUUCGCGAGGCUCGCGCUGGCGAUGGCGGCCAGCUUCGAGCGCGGACAGAUGGUCUACCUGAUUGGCCUCUGGGGCAUCAGCGACGCUGUCUUCCGCGCCGCGAUGGAUGAAGGCGCCUGCGCGGUUCCGCCCGCCGGCGAAGAUGACCCGAAUGUGGCGCGGCAGUUGCUGAAGGCGAUGUGCGGCGCGAGGCUGCAGGUGGCUGCCAUGGUGUUCUUCCACUUCGAGAAGGGCAUCUGCGCGGUGGUGCAUGGCGACGACUUCGCGGCGGCGGCUACCCGCGUCAACCCUCUGUGGCUCAACGAGGUCCUGGAAGAACUGUUCGAGGUGAAAAGGUUUCCCUUCAUCGGGCCCUCGCAGGCCGGGGGCGGAGUUGCGCCUGGCAAGCUCCUGGGGCGGACGGCGCGCUGGUCAGGAGAAGGUUUGCACUGGGAGAAAGACACCGAGCACGUAGUGACUGUGGCGGCAGCAUAUCGGAAGCUGGCGGCGACGAGAGAGAUCUCGCCAGCAUCAAGGAACGUCGGAGAGGACGUGUCGACGGCGCUGGGCGCCCUGAGCUACAAAGCGAAGAAGGCGUUCCAGUCUGUAGCGCCGACGGCGCUCUACUUGGCCGCGGACAGGCCAGGCGCCCACUUCUCGACGAGCUGGAUCAUGAGAGGCACGCAGGGGCCGAUGGAGAUCCACGGGCUGGAGCUCCAGAGGCUGUCCACGCACUUGGCGACCUGCCCGCGCAUGACUUGGCACUUCGAGCGUCAAGAGAUGCCGACGGAGAUCGCGAUCGUGACGGACUCCGACUGGGCAGGAGAUGAAGUGGCGAGGCGAAGCCGUGGGGGCGGUUUCGAGCGCGCGGGAGAGGCGCGCAUCGACAGCUGGGCUGGGCAGCGGGCGCCGGGAGCGCGGAGCAGCGGCGAGGCCGAGCACGCGGGGGUGACUAACGGAGCGGUCCGAGGUAUCUCCGCGAAGCACCGUCUCGAGGAGAUGCUGAUCGGGACGCUGGUGACGGUGGCUGGCGACAGCACG